GAAACCAAAUUUUAACGAAAAGAGUAACGCUAAUAAUUUUUAUUUUUUAUUUUUGUAACUAUGGCAACUUCAGUUUGCGUCGAGGCGAGCUGCCUGCAACUGCAACACAGAGCUGACUGCUUGUUUUAGAGGACUGUUCCUUUUAGGGUGAUUUAGUAAACAAAAAUAGCACGAAGUUUCCUUGUGUCAUUUUCACAACCUUUUAAAUUUAGUUGUUUGACUUUUCACAUUUCAUAAAUUGGCCGAUACACAGCGUUUCCUUUCGGCUCUAACAACUGCUGGGGGAAGCUGUCUGUCACGGAUGUCUGACAAUAAGGAAAGUAAUUAUUCAAAAACUCAAGGGGAAGGACCUAUAAAGGUAUCCUACAUUUUCCCAAAUGGUGACAGAUAUGAGGGGGAGUGCAGCAGGGCUGCAUCAGGGGUGAUGAUGAGGAGCGGUACUGGUAAACACACCUCAGCAGGCGGCACCACAUAUACUGGAGAGUGGCUUGAAGACAAAAUGCAUGGCAGAGGGACCCUGCAGCAUCCCUCUGGAGCACUCUAUGAAGGAGAAUUCAAAGACAACAUGUACCAUGGCACAGGAACAUAUACCUUCCCAGACGGCUCUACUUACAAAGGUCACUUUCACAAGAACAGGUUGGAGGGAGACGGGACAUUCACUAACACACAGAGACUGGUAUGGAUGGGGGAGUUCCACGGCAAAGCAGCGCUGGGCCUGAAAAUGCAGCACAACAUUUAGGCAAAACAAGCAUUAUUGUACUGCACUUCAUAAAAUACACUGUAUGUUCUAUGAGAAAAUUAAACUAUAUUUACACAUCGUGAAUGUGAAAAUGAACUGCUACCUCCUCUGUCAGCUCUAGCCACUGAAAAGAAAUAAGUGGAGAAAUUGGGCCAAUUACAAAAGCUGGUCAGUCUGACAUCAUGUUGCCUGAGCUCAUUACUAUUCAUGAGCUCGCCCAGUUAGGUAAAGGAUGCUGAUAGACACAGCAAGUGUAUCUUUAUGUAAGCCUAAUUUCACUCAGAAAAUGUCACACUGGGGUUAUUUUUUCUUGCCCUUUGUAACUAUGUAGCUAACUAAAAUAAAUCCAGAAAUACUAGUGGCAAGUUUGCUGCAGUUAUUUCAUUGCACACGUUUUGUUCCUUUCUUACACUUGAAUUUUGAAAAAGUUAUGAUUCCAUCUAUGAAAAGCACUUAAAUAGAAACAAUCUGAACAAAACCCC